CAACCACCAACGACUCCCGACCACAACCUGUCCGUCUCAACUUCACACACCUCCGUUCCCCUUACCUCCGGUCCGAACCCUCCAAAGAAUUUCUCCCGUAGACGUAGUCCGCCCUUGUCGCUCAUUUACUACCUUUGCAAAACGAUCGCGACCUCCAUGCGCUGAGUGGAAGCUUUGUUCAAUCGCGAGCGACUCCAUCGUCGCAUUCCGUCGUCCACUUUGGGAGCAAACGAAUUGCCGAGGCUAGCCACUGCCACCACACAUAGACGCAACACCCAGCAACGAACUUCGCCAACAUGUCGCUCGCCGCCCUCGACGGCCUCAAGGCCGCAAUCGAGCGCAUCAUCCUCGACCCCAAGUACCACGACAUCCUCGCCGUCGUCAAAGGCGCCCGCAAUGGAGCCGUCUACGGCGCAAAAGUCCGCUUUCCUCAUGCCCUUGUCAUGAUAUUCCUCUUCCGUUCGGGAACACUCCGCCAAAAAGCAGGCCUCGUCUUCCGCGCGACCCGAACCCACGCCCGCAAUCUCGCCAAGUUUGCGACAAUCUACAAGCUCACAAUGUACCUCUUGAAAAACUACGGCCCCAGCCCGGGUAAAGAGGGCCCCUACGACUCCUUCUUCGCCGGCCUGCUGGGCGGCUACAUCGUCUUUGGCGGCCGCUCCCCGCGCAGCGGCAAGAUCUCGAGCGUGAACCAGCAGAUUGUCAUCUACGUCUUUGCGCGCGUCGUCCUGGCGCUCGCCCGCCUCGCCGUGGCCCCCGGCAAGGGCCUGCCCGUCGUCAGCCGCGACGACGUCUCGGCCAAGAUCAGCUACUACGCGUGGCCCGUCUUUGCGAGCACGAGUUGGGCCAUGGUCAUGUACCUGUUCCGCUGGCAGCCGCAGGAGCUGCAGCCUAGUUUGAGGAGCAGCAUGACGUACAUUUACCAGCAGAGCAGCGAGUGGGAUUCGCUGAGGAACUUUAUCUGGCAUAACAAAUAGAUGGGCGGCAGUUUCUCUCUUGUGAGUUUUUUGGUGGGUUGGAUGGCGUGUACUAUCAGAUGAUUGGCGUGUUGGCGAACUGUUUUUGGGUCUGGCUUUUUUGUUAUUGAAUAUGGUGAAUCGGUGAUGAGAUAUCUAGUAUGGAGAAUCCUGGUAGCAUCUUGACAGUUUUGUGAUAUGGCAUCAUAGACCGGUCAUUUCACUCAUAUACAAUCACGAUUUGGACAUUUUC